GAUAUGAUGACGUGUACACAAGCGGGUGUGAAAGUAAGGAGACGUGACUAGCCUGUGACUGUCUGACCGGCUCUCUGCACAAAUCGCACGGUUUGAGAACCGUUCACUGGACUGUUACACCGCACAAUCCACUCGCUCAAGGAUGUCUCGCAUCGUCGAGUGCGUUCCCAAUUUCUCGGAGGGUAGGCACAAAGAGGUUAUAGAGGCCAUUGCCAAUGCCAUAGCCUCCACGGAUGGCGUGAGUCUGCUGGACGUUGACCCUGGCCCGUCCACCAACCGUACGGUCUACACGUUUGUGGGGUCACCGGAGAGCGUGGUGGAGGGCGCCAUGAACGGGGCCAGGGCAGCCUCACAACUCAUCGACAUGACAAGGCACAGUGGUGAACACCCUCGGAUGGGAGCGUUGGAUGUUUGUCCGUUCAUCCCAGUGCGAGGGGUAACAGAGGAAGACUGUAUCCAGUGUGCUAAUGAGUUUGGGAAACAGCUGGCAGAGGAGCUAGGGGUGCCAGUUUACCUGUACGGGAAGGCAGCCAAGGAGGAGAAACGAGUCAAACUGCCCAGUAUCCGGGCUGGGGAGUACGAAGGGCUGGAAGAAAAGUUGAAGGACCCUGCGUGGCAGCCCGACUACGGACCGGCAGAGUUUAUCCCCAGCUGGGGCGCCACGGCAACCGGCUGUCGCAAGUUCCUCAUCGCCUGGAACGUCAACCUACUGGCCACCAAGGAACAGGCACACCGCAUCGCUCUCAACCUCAGGGAACAGGGCAGGGGAACCAAUGAGCCAGGAAGGUUGAAGUGUGUACAAGGGAUCGGCUGGUGGCUGGAGGAGGCUAACAUGGCCCAGAUCUCCAUGAACCUGACUGACUUCGACGUCACUCCUCUACACACCGCCUACGAAGAGGCCUGCAAAGAUGCCAAGGAGCUGAACCUGCCAGUGGUUGGUUCCCAGAUUGUCGGGCUGGUUCCUCUACAGGCCAUCAUGCUGGCUGCUGAGUUCUACAUGCAGAAGGACAACCUGUUCUUGGUGGAGGAGGACCAGAAAGUCAGGCUGGCUAUAGACAGACUGGGUCUGAAUUCUCUUGGUCCAUUUAACCCUAAGGAGAGAAUCAUUGAGUACAUGAUCCGUGGUGAGGAUGAGCCGGGUCCUCUAGCCUCCACCAGUGUCUACAACUUCAUCAAGAACGUGGGAGCGCGCUCACCAGCACCGGGGGGAGGGUCUGUGUCGGCAUGUGUGGCAGCUAUGGGUGCAGCCCUCGGCGCUAUGGUUGCCUUCAUGACGUACGGCAAGCGUCAGUUUGAGCAGCUGGACUCCAAGAUGCGCCAGCUGAUCCCGCCUCUCUACACCACCAUGAACGAUCUCAUUCCCUUCAUUGACAAGGACACCACGGCCUUCAAUGACUACAUGGCCGCCUGUAAACUUCCUAAGGGCACGCCGGAAGAACAGGCCAUUCGUGACCAGGCCAUGCAGGGAGGUCUGAAGAAGGCCAUCCAGGUGCCGCUGGCCGUGAUGCAGACAGCUAACAGGGUGUGGACCCAGCUGCAGGAACUGGCUCAGUCUGGCAACUUCACCACCAUGUCUGAUCUACAGGUUGGAGCUCGUAGUCUGGAAACAGGCGUCUGGGGAGCCUACCACAACGUGAUGAUUAACCUCCGAGACAUCAAGGAUGAACAGUACAAGCAGAAGAUCACAGCAGAAGCUGAAGCUGAGGUACAGAAAGCUCAGGAGGGAAAAGAAGCUGUACUGAAAAUCAUCUCCGAAAGGAAGGAGUGAUGAAGUUGUUGUCUUUCUCACCAACACAAUGAACCAUGUUUUGCCUUUUGUUUUAUGCUUCAUCAAUCAAUUGCUGUGGACUUAGGGUCACAAUUUGUUUGUAUCAGUCAAAUAGACAGCCAUUGUUACCUGUGUGAGCUUUUGGGUUGCCGACAGUUACAUUACUGUUAGGUUUUUAACAAUAUUGUGACGCACAGUAGAUAUUUUACAAAAGCUAGUGGGAUGAUGCAUUGCAAUACAAGAAACAAUAGCUACGACAGCUCUAAGUUGGACAUUUAUUUAGUGUAAUAAUCUCCACAUACAAGAGUGUUCUGAAUUCUGAUUGCCCGCUGAUAGAGAGGAGCUGUAUGCUGAUUGGUCAUUCAGUAUGCAAAUGAAAACAUUGUGGACCAAUCACAAGUUGUCAUAUGUUUAUAGUGGUGACAUAGAGGCCAUGACUGUACUAUUGUUGCAAGAAGUACAUGUAGGAACUGAUGGUCAUUGUUACCAGAUAAUUUCACCGUGUUGCUGGACCAUAUAGGUAGUAGGUGGCCAGUUUUGCUCCCCCAGUUCAUGGAGGAUGUUAGUUAAAUGUCUAAUCAUGUGUGUCAUUAUUGUGCACCAAGAAACCUAGUCAUUCCAUUGGUAGAAUCUUAUACAUUGGUGUUGAUGAAAGUUAUGAAGGUCAAUAUAAUGGUUUGAAGGUUAAUGGCCCUAGAGAAAGUAGUAUUUUGCCAUAGUUGUUAAGCUCUGCUGUAAUUUGACUAACUUUGUGUUCCUUUGAAAUGGACAUGAUCAUGAAUGUCAAGCAGGGAAGUACUGCAUUUCAUCAGCAAAUCUUUUACUGCCAAAAUGUCUCAUUUCUUCUUUAUUGUUUUUUUUUUUCACGUACAUACUAAUGAUUAUGAAUAUUUAUGCAAGCUGAGUUGUCCGAUAUCUCCAAGUUCGAUCUCACACUCACAAGAAUGUUGUAUGAGAUCAGAUGAAUGCUCUUGAUAACUCAUACCUUAUUGUACUUAAUUGUACUAACCUUAUUGUACUAUUGUACUUAAUUGUUACCUGUACAGUGUGACAAGCCACAAAGCCAUUUUUUUUUGCAAUAUGUUUGACAAUUGCUGCUUUUUAGGGCCUUGUAGAACCCGAUGUAACAUGUGCCUUUAAUGGCUAAACACAUAGUUAGAAAGCAAAUGCUGCUGUUUUAGAUAGGUAAAAGAAUGAGGCACAAUGUGUGAAGACCAGAUUCUUCAAACUUAUCAAAUUUUUGUUGGUUGCUUUGACAAUUUAACAUUUACCUGUUAGGUGUCAUGAUGUCAGUGUGUGUCCGUGUACACCAAUAAUUUGCAGCAAUAAAUAUUUUUGAAGUUUCUUUAAGCACUAUUGUUAUUUCAAGCUAUGACACCAAUUACCAAAUCAUAAUUGUCAAAGAGUAUCGCUUAUUAGUCAAUGAGUGUAAUAUGUAUUAUGAUAAAUGAUAACAUAACAUGCUUCUCAUCAGGUAAGUUUUGUUGGUUGUAGCCAUGACAUGACAGUACAUUUUUGCAAUGUAGUUAUAUGUCUGCUCUUAUAUGUUACCAUUCACAAAGGUUUUGUGCUUCUUCAUGUUGUGUUUUUAACAACUUUCCUUCUUUAAAAAAGGACUAACUACAGCUUUUUGGCUGUUUUGGUAAAUGUAUGAUUUGCACAACCUCUGUAUUGUUGUUCUCAAAGGUUUCAUACAUUUGUACUUGCAUAAGUUCUUUUAGCACUACAAAUAUUGCUGCAAUAAUUUGAAAUAGCAAGUUUGCAUAUUCAUGUGUUUUUAUUGGAGUGUAAUAUGGUAUUGCAUUGUUUUUGUUGUGUGAGAGUAUCUUCAGGACUGACAAUUGCUGCUUGUUUUUGACGAGGUUAAAAUGCUAAUUCUGGAAUAUGGUACCAUUACGAUUGUGUUGUUUGAAAAAUAAUCUGUGUGUCAGAGAAUAAAGCUAUUUUCGUAGACUGACA